AUGGACGUUGUUUCGGCGACCGCCGCUACGCUGCCUGCUGGCGGGGCAUCGUCGCUAGCGGGUGGCCUGGCUGACGUCGAGGUGCCGGCCGAGCUUGCGGCGGCCAAGUUUGCGCCACUGGACAUCGCCAAGUGGUCGCCGUCCAAGGUUCGGGCAUGGCGGGCGCGGUACACCAUGCCGUCGGGCUACUACCAUCGCCUGACAGAUCUUGCUGUCCCGCCGGCCACCGGCGAGUGGGAUGACGAGGAGGAACUCGAGCUCAAGGAGUGCAUCGCCGACUACCUGGCCCGAGGCCUGUGCAUCGGCGAGGACUGGGGGCUUCUCUCCAAGGCCAUCCCGGCCCGGACCGGUGCCUCGUGCGCCGCCCACUUCCGCAAGCUCCUCAUCGAGGGCGACCUGGCUCCGCCGCCUGGCUGGACGCUCAAGGAGCGCAACGGCCGCCUCCCCAAGCCCGUCUUCAACAAGGCCGGGUGCAGCUUUAACCCGCUGCCGCCUGCCGCCAACACCCUCUCGCCGGCGUGGACCUCGCCGGUCUAUGCCCAGUGGGCCGCCCUCAUCGACGCUUGGGUUGACACUCUGCAUCCAGUCGAUGCUGCACCAGCGCGUCCGCCGGCACCUGUCUCAGCCCCCAAGAAGCGCAAGCACUCGACGUCUGGCGAGGCCAUUGACCUCACCGUCGACAACGUCGCGAUAUGUCCGGCCAAGAAGACUAAGGCGCUCGACGGCACACCGCAAGCCAAGUCGUCCAAGUCGUCCAAGUCGUCCAAGUCCAAGGCGAGCACCGAAGAGCGUGCUGCCGCCCAGGCUGCCAAGAACAAGGCCCGCGAGGAGGCCCGCGCCGCAAAGGCCGCCGCAAAGGCCGCCGCAAAGGCCGCGAAGGACAAGGCCCGCGAGGAAGCUCGCGCCGCAAAGGCCGCCGCAAAGGCCGCUGCAAAGGCUGCCAAGGACAAGGCCCGUGCCGCCGAGGCCGCCGCAAAGGCCGCCGCAAAGGCGCGUGCCGAGGCCGAGCGCAAGGCCAUCGCCGCCGUCCGUGACGCCAACAAGGAGGCGGCCAAGAAGUGCCGCGCGGCGGCGCGCAAGGCAGCUAAACUGGCGGCGGCCAAGGCCAAGGCCAAGUCGUCGCCGGUCAAGGCGGCGCGGCCGCCGCCGAACGUGGCACCCAUCACCUCGUUCUUCAGUAUGAGCCCGGCCGCCAAGCCGGCCGCCGCCGAGCCGGCCAAGGCAAAGUCGUCGGCACCGCGCUCGUUUGUGGCCGCACACGGCCCGUGGUGCGCCCCGCGCGGCGCCCGCGUCGGUAGCUAUGGACCCAAGCUUUCAGCCGAGCUCCGUGCCCGGAUGAAGUGCAGCGUCGAGGCUGCGCUGGCGGCGGCGGGAGCUGGCUCUACCUCGCUCCCGGCGCCGACGCUGGAGGGCGCGUUUGAGGCACGCCCGAAGCAGAUGGCGGUCCGCAAGGGUUGGGAGGCUGACGGCCGCCGUCUCAAGGUCAUCGGCUUCUCAACCUCGCCGCGGCCACCGUACUUUGGCUCGUUCUCCAAGCCGCCCACACCGGCCAUUACGGGCCGCAAGCCGUUUGGCCGCGACGACGAGCUCUUUGACUAUGAGUUUGAGUCGGACGAGGAGUGGUUUGAGGAGGAGCCCGGUGAGCUGCUGCUCUCCGGCGACGAGUCGGACGAAGCUGGCGACGACGAGGCCGGCGAUGAGGCCGACGGCUGGGUCGUCCCUGAUGGCUAUCUUUCGCCGGGCGAAAAGUGGAUGGAUCUCUCGUCCGGGCCCGACGAGGACUUUGAUCCCGAGGCCGCCUCGGACCUCUCUGACGGCGACGACGACGGCUACUCGAGCGCCGGCCACAGUGGCUCGGCCAGCGUGAGCGACGACGACGGCUCGGACGACGGCUCAACGGCGAGCCACGCCGCCGCCGCUGCGCCAAAGCGGAGCAAGGCAUCGCGGAGCAGAGCCACCGGCCACGAGGUGCGGUCCGGCGCAGAUCUCCGAGCCCAGCUCCGUCGCGCCCGCAAGCUGGCGGCCAAGUCAGCGCGGCUGGUCCCGGUGGUUCAUGUCGCCGGCGCGCCUGUCUUUGACGCGCUAUGCGGCCAGCUCCUCGGCGUCACCAGCGUCGAGUCGGACGUUGUCGACACCGGGCGCUCGCUCCUGGCGUCGGAGAACACCGAGUCGACGGCGGCGCCCGCGCCGCCGCGCCCGACGUUUGACAACGUGAGCGGCGCCCGCGCCGCGCUCGCCAGGAUGGUCCAGGGCUGGGAGGGCUCGCUGCCCAAGCUCGCCGAGGCCUUUACCGAUGCGCACGCCGAGUGGGGCAUUUCUAAGCGCGCGACGGAGAUCGAGGCCAAGGCCAUGGCCGCCCGAAAGAAGCUCGCCGGCCGCCCCGGCAUCGGCGUGUACCAGGUCCUCCCGGCCGUGGCUGCCGAACUCGGCAUCGCCGACGAGCUGGAGGCGCAGCUGGCCGCGCUUGCGAGCGAGGUCCCGGAGCCGGCGCCCGCGCCCGAGCGCCCGACCUUUGACAACGUCGACGGCGCCCGCGCUGCACUCGCCAAGAUGGUCCACGGUUGGGAGAGCUCGCUCCUCAAGCUCGCCGACGCCUUUGCUGACGCACACACCGAGUGGGGCCUCACCAAGCGUGCGACUGAGGCCGAGGCCAAGGGCAUGGCCGCCCGCAAGAAGGUCGCAGGCCGUCCCGGUAUCGGCGUGUACCAGGUGCACGCCGCGGUUGCCGCCGAGCUAGGCAUUGCCGACCAACUGGAGGUCUUCCCGGAGCCGUCGCCGGAGGCCGCCAAGUCCAAGUCCUCCAAGUCCAAGUCUUCCAAGUCCAAGUCCUCCAAGUCCAAGGCCGUCAAGCCCACGGCCGCCAAGCCCACGGCCGCCAAGCCCUCGCCAGCCAAGCCCUCGCCAGCCAAACCCAAGGCAUCGAUCGCAGCGUUGUUCUCGACCAUGGAUGCCGCGGCGUCGCCGGCGCUGGCCAAGGCAUCGGCGGUGGUGGCGAUGCCGGGUGAUGUGCGUGCGGCGUUCCUCGCGCUUGACAAGAACCCGCAAGCGCUGGUCACGGCGUCGAAAGCGGUGACGUCUGCUGUGAGCGGUGCAGACCUGUUUGCCUGCACGCCCGAGGCUGCAGGCGCACUGGUGGCGGCGGUGCUGGACAAGGUGGCGGCCGAGGCGAGCCGGGCCACCAUCCGGGUGGAGCCUGAGGUGGCGACGGUGCUGAUGCGAGCGGUGAGCGUGGGCUUGUCGCGAGCAAAGACAAAGGAGGCGUUUACGGCUGCACUCGGCGCCGACGGCAGCGCCGCCGCCGUCCUGGUCUCGGCGCUCGGCGUCGGGAGCGCCAGCGCGGCGGUGCAGAAGAACGCACUACGCGCCGUCCUCACCCUCGUCGAGCUUGCCAACGGCUCGACAGAGAGCCGCAGCGCCGCGGCGGCGGCGGUGAGCCAGCACAUUGCGCCCGCGGGUGCGCUGCUGGUGACGGCCGCCAACGCGUCCGACACCCGGGUGGCCGGCCUCGCGGCGCGGAUCCUGGACGCAAUGCCUGUGCAAGGAUGA